CACGCUGCGACUUAGCGCCAAUACUCGAGUUGCAGCACUACAACCUAGGAUCAACAACUUAUAUGCCAGUAACGUAUCAGGAUAGCAUGCUAAUACAGGAGGAAGUAACAGGUAGUGCAACAGCAGUGCUGCAGCACGGUAUUAGUACUGCAUUAAGUAAUAGGAUGUCACCAGCAACGUAUCAAGAGAGCUGCCACGUUAAGCUCCCGGGGGUGGCCCCCCUUCCUUCUCCUAGUAUAUAAACAACGAGCUAGACACCUAUAGAAAUCAGAGUUCAGAGCCAAUUUCAACCUGAGUCCAAUGGUGUACCUCAGCUCUUCCAUCGUUCGAUUUGGGAACAAACCC